UACAAACACAACCAGAGUUUUGUGAUGGCGACCUCUUAUUUAGCUUUUGCCGCAUCUGUGGCACUAAUUCUUUGGGUGUGGCCUGAAAAAUUGCAAUGCCAAGUGCGUUACGUGCGGCACCUCUCGGAGCUGCGGAUUAAAGGGCUUGAGGACUUGGCUGUUCACAUCCAGAGCUCCAUUAAUACUGACAAGUACGCAUGCGAGAGUUACUUCGACUAUGUAUGCAGCCGAAAUCGACCACUUUUCUCCAUCAUAGGCCACAAGCCACAGAUGAGCGACCUGAUGCAGUUGCUGACAGAACUUCAGAAUGACCCAGAGCAGUUCGAGGCAAAGCAAAAAAUGAUGGACUUCUUUAUAUCUUGCAACUUGCAACAUGAGCUGGAAGAUUGCUAUCGAGAAACCUUUGAGUUCUUUAAGCCACUUUUUGGGUACAUUAUUACAAAAAACUUGCUUUAUGAAGGAUCCCAGGAGCUAGACGUCUUUCUGGGCAUUUUGGACCGCUUCGUCGCGAGGAUGCAGAAAAACAGAGACUCGAAUCCCAUUCUCGGCAAACUUGCCACGUACAAGCAAAAGUUCAAAACGCCACGUGUCUACUUUUACGCCAGAGAUCUCAGCCGAGAGUACCAGGAACUACACAUCUACCGGGAGAGCUACGAGCACAACGUUCGCUACCUAGAGUUCCAUCGAAAGCAGAAUUCAACUUACGAGACUGGUGUUCAGCGCAUCAUGCUGGAUUGGAGCAUAUAUCUUUUCCAGAGCCGUAACAAACCCAUGUCGUAUUUUUACUCAACGUUUACCGUGCACUUGUACAUGAUGCUUUUUAACGGUCAGGACCGUCAGCGUGAUUUCACGCGAUUCCGCGAAGAAGUUGAGUGUCUGCGGCUGCCGCAAUUAGUAAAUGUCCUGGAUGAAGCCAGAAUGCUGGCCGUGAUCUACUUAAAGAGCUUUCGAGCCGCCUGGGUAGACUACAGCACCUGGAUAAAAACACCACCACAGAACAAUGGUAUCUACGAUUACGAGAACAGCAUCCUUCAAAAAUACAAUCUUGACAAUAAGCGCAUCUUUUUUACACUUUACGCUCAAAACUUUUGUGAGUUUGGCAAAGAUCUGGCUGAAAACGUCUUCUAUCUGGGCCUUAAGCAAAAUAAAGACUUCUUUGACAUAUACUCAUGUGGGUUUCAAACGAAAAACACUAUGACGUGUGUAUAAAAGAUUUUUAGUUAUACAUGUAAAAUAGAUAAUCAUGGGUGACACGGCAUGAAAAAUGUGAGAUUCUAUUUUUCAAACGCUUUUCUACUUGAACUACUUUUUUUUCUCGCUCUUUUUCCAAUAAUAUUUCUUUAACUCCUAUUUUCUGUAUAAUGAUAAAUUGUUUAUUGUGAAUUAAAUAAAUUUAAAUGACACCCUUAA